AUGCGUUUCCACGUCCUUCCCUUCCUCGCCCUUGCCGGCGCCGCCGUCGCUCAGUCGUCUGCGUCCGAAGAGGAAAUUCCCGGCGAGUACAUCGACGCCGCCGUCAGCGCAUACGCCACGAUCCCCGGCAUGGCCGGCGUCGCCAGCGUCUACAGCAAAUACCGCACGGCCUCGGGCUUCUCGUCGGUGCAAUCCGAGAUCGUCGAGGAAGUCGCAACCUACGCCGUGACGCAAACGCACAUCGUCGAGGAGCCUACCGCAACGGACCUCGCUUCACUCGCCACCGACCCGGCAGUCGUCGCGAUCGCCGAGGACGUCGUCUCCAUCGUCACCAAAUACAUGGCCACCGAGACCUACAUGAACAAGGCCGUCAAGUCCAGCCUCGUCGCAGACGUGACCAGCGUCAUCGGUGCUUUCGAGAACUCGGCUGCCCCCACUGCUACCGGCAGCGCCGAUGCCAGCGGCUCCGGAACUGGUCCCCUCCAGACGCAGGAUGCGAAUGCGGGUGCGGCUGGCGUCAGAGCUGGUGUCAUGGGUGUCGUGGCGGCUGUCGCUGCCGUCGCCCUCAUCGUAUAA